ACCACUUUGGAAGAGCGUUAUCAGGUAACUCAUUACAUCUUUGGCAGGGGCCUGUGGCGCAAGCAUUAAUUUUGAAAUUGCCCAAUAUAGAGUCGAGUUACGCCUUUUGUCUGUACCUCAGUCGGCAUUCCAUAAUCGGGAAGAUCAAUUUACCUUAUUUUCUACUUCGCGCACCAACGUGGUUAUUCGGUUUUAAGACCUAG